AUGACUGAGAUCGGGAACGCAUGUCUGGCCUGUCUGUCGGCUGUCGACCGCUGGUGCCAUAUCAGCGAUUGUUUGGCACCCUUCAGAGGCCGUUCAAGGGAAGGCAUCUAUGAGACGACCUUGGCCGAUAGUGAGCGGGAGGCUGUAGCAGACCUGCUUCAAUACCUCGAGAACCGUGCCGAAACCGAUUUCUUCUCCGGGGAGCCUCUUCGAGCGCUGAGCACGCUCGUCUACUCCGACAAUGUCGAUCUACAACGGAGCGCCAGCUUGACCUUUGCAGAGAUCACAGAACGAGAUGUGCGAGAAGUGGGCCGAGAAACCCUCGAACCCAUCCUGUCUUUGCUUCAGAGCCCGGAUAUCGAGGUGCAGCGGGCAGCCAGUGCUGCCCUAGGGAACCUUGCCGUCAACUCGGAGAACAAGGUCCUGAUUGUAGCCCUCGGUGGUCUCACCCCGCUGAUCCGACAGAUGAUGUCCCCCAACGUCGAGGUGCAGUGCAAUGCCGUCGGCUGCAUUACGAACUUGGCAACACACGAAGACAACAAGUCCAAGAUUGCCCGGUCGGGUGCUCUGGGCCCGUUGACACGGCUCGCAAAGUCCAAGGAUAUGCGUGUCCAACGUAACGCAACGGGGGCUCUCUUGAACAUGACUCACUCUGGUACGCCAGGCUCCUGCCGUAUCCCCCCCCCCC